AUGGAGAAUCUCAGAACCCUUUCGAUUCCAACUCAAGCCACACCCUAUCUUCUGUUCAUCAUGCUCACGGUAGCUCUCACCACCACCUCAGCAUCCCCAAUCCUCGUCGACGACGACGAAUCCUCAUCAUCUCCAUUGCCAGCAGCCACUGCAGCAACCUCCACCACCGUUGACCCUGACCACACGUUGACCUUCUUCAUGCACGACAUCCUAGGCGGGUCAAACCCAACCACCAGAGCCGUCACAGGAGUGGUCAACAACCCCGCAAUCAACGGCCAGGUCCCCUUCGCCAAGCCAAACGGCGCCGUCCUCCCAGUCAACAACGGUCUCCCACAGAACAACAACAACAACAACAACAACAACAACAAUCUCCCCUUCCUCACCGGCCUAGCUGGCACCACGUCAGCAACCCUGAUGCAGAACAACAACAACAACAACGGCAACAAUUUCAACAACUUCGGCAACGGCGGCCAGCUGCCCACGGGCUCGGCCCUGGCGCAGCUGAUGUUCGGGACCAUCAACGUGAUCGACGACGAGCUGACCGAAGGCCACGAAUUGGGGUCGCAGCUGCUGGGGAAAGCGCAGGGAUACUACGUGGCGAGCUCGAUCGACGGGACGAGCCAGGCCAUGGCGUUCACUGCUAUGUUUCAGGACGGACAUUACGAGGACAGUCUCAAUUUCUUUGGUGUUCAUAGGGCCGGGGUUUCGGAGUCGCAGCUCGCUGUGAUGGGCGGGACGGGGAAGUAUGUGAAUGCGAGAGGGCACGCGGUGGUGAAGACGGUGGUUCCGGUUGUUGGUGCAGGGAAUAAUCAUGAGACGGAUGGGAUCGAGACUCUGCUCGAGUUUGCUGUUUAUGUGAUCUACUGA